AUGCAUGGGAGAGUUAUGUGCAGACUUUCUAAUAUCUUUGGAAAGGAUCGUGCUAACGGACAAAGAGCUGAAGUCCCCGUUGACAUGAUGGAAGAGCAAAGCAAUAAUGAAGUUAAUGCUAAUGAUAAUUCUGUCCAGGAAGAUGCAUCUCCUAUGUCUUUAAAUAAAGAAGGAAGCCAAUCCAUGAACAAUCAAAAUAAGAGGAAAAAAGCUGCAAGCUCAAGUGAUGAAGAGAAGAUUGUGACUAUAUUGGAGAAAUUGUUUGAAGCACCUUGGAAAAAGAUGCAAAUGGUGACUGAGGCUAUGACAAAAGGUAAUAAAGAGAACUCAAGAAAAUGGGAUUUUCCCAUUUAG